GUGGUUUUAUUUUCCUUCGCAUGUUUUCAGAAACGAAAGAAGUGUUAUUGACAUGAUGUGAAUUGAAUCUACCGUUAGGUAUUUGAGCGACGUAGGGAGGCUAAGAAGACAUUGGUUUGGUCCUUGGUCACUUUUCCGCAUCGAGAGUUGCAGACAAUUUUGAUUAGUGUAUUUCCUUUGUAUGCCAGCAACCUGUAAAUACCAACAAUGUCAGGUUUCCUGGAACAUGAAGCUGAAGUAUCUGAUGGAGGAUCAUCCUCAGCAGAUGACUCCGAAUCAGAAAUCAAAGUUGUCAAAAAGAAGAAAGAGAAAAAGAAAUCAAGAGCUAGAAUAUCUGAUGAUGAAGAAGACGAUGAAGAUAUGGAUGAUGAGCGAUUGAUUGCUGAAGAGAUGAAGGACUUCAUAAAUGAAGAUGUAGAAGAAGAAGGGGAAGAGGAAAGUGGGGAAGAAGGUGAUGGAGAGACAGGCAAACGUAAACAUGAUUCUGAUGACCAGCUUGAUGACCAACUUUCGGAUGAUGACUAUGAUUUGAUUGAAGAGAAUCUUGGCAUCAAAGUCAAGAGAAAGCAAAAGUUGAAGCGUAUCCGUGUGAUGUCUGAUGAAGACAGUGACAGGGAAGGAGGUGGCGAGGAGGAUGGAAAGCACAUGAUAGAGGAUGAACUGUUUGAAGGGCGUGGGGAUGAUGAUGGUGAUGACAUGGAUGACAGGCGCUCAGUGGUUGCACGUGAAACUGAAGAAACAAAUGAAUUUGGCAAUCUGGAUGAAGAAGAAGAAGAAGAAUCAGAUGUUGAUGACUUCAUUGUUGAUGAGGAGGGAAAACCUAUAAGUAAAGGAAAGAAGAAGAAACACAUUAUUCACAGUGACUCGGCAUUGCAGGCAGCCCAGGAUAUAUUUGGUGUUGAUUAUGACUUUGAGGAGUUUGCUCAGUAUGGAGAGGAAGAGGAUGAGGAAGAUAUAGAAGAAGAAGUGUAUGAGGAGGAGGAUGAGGUCGAGGGUGAAGAUGGGGAGACAAGGAUUCGGGUCAAGAAAACUCGCAAGAAGGCCAGCAAGAAGAGCAUAUUUGAAGUAUUUGAGCCAAGUGAACUGGAGCGAGGCCACUUCACAGAUAUGGACAACCAGAUUCGAACUACAGACAUGCCGGAGAGGUUCCAGUUGCGGCAGAUCCCUGUCCGUCAGACUGAGGAGGGAGAGUUAGAGGAGGAAGCAGAGUGGAUCUACAAGCAGGCCUUCACCACCAGGUGUACCUCCACUCAGCCAUACCUAGACCAGGAACAGAGCAGCCAUCUUGGAGGGACUAACCGUCGGGGGCCCAACAUGAUCAACAAGAUCAGAGAUGCCAUCAAUUUUAUGAGGAACCAGAGGCUUGAGGUUCCAUUCAUUGCUUUCUAUCGCAAAGAGUAUGUUGAGCCUGAGCUGAACAUAAACGAUCUGUGGAAAGUGUGGCACUAUGAUGAGAAGUGGUCACAGUUAGUCACCAGGAAAAAGAACCUGAUGCGUCUAUUUGAGAAAAUGCAGAACUAUCAGUUCGAAGAAAACUCUGAUCCUGAUAAACUCCUUGAGUCCAGUGUGCGGCCCUUGACAGAUGAGGACAUUGACAGAGUGAAGAGUGUCCAGACAAUGGAGGAGCUGAGAGAUGUUUACCAACACUUCAGUCUCUACUAUGGGCAUGACAUAGUCAAAAUGCGUAAUGCAGAGAAGCGUAAGCAGAGUCAGGAGAAUGCUGCAGAGCGAGGGGAACAGGACCCUGAGGAAGCACCCCCAGAAAUCAUCAAACAAGCAAGUCGCAAGAGUGGCUACUCCAUAUGCCAAGAUGCAAAGCUCGGUGACCUGGCCAGUCACUUUGGCCUGACUCCGGAACAGUUUGGAGAGAAUUUACGAGACAAUUAUCAGCGUCAUGAAGUUGACCAAUGUCCAAUAGAACCUUCAGAGAUGGCCAAGGAUUACGUUUGUAGUCAAUUUGCCACAGAGGAAGAUGUACUGAUGGGUGCUCGCCACAUGGUUGCCAUGCAGAUUGCACAUGAUCCCCUGGUGAGACAGAGUGUGCGACAGACGUACAGUGAGAGAGCCAAGCUAAUUGUUGUGCCAACAAAGAAGGGAAUGAAGGAAAUUGAUGAAGGACACAGUUGCUACACCCUGAAAUACGUUCGCAAUAAGCCAGUGAAGGACCUCCGAGAUGAACAGUUCCUACGUCUUACUCAGGCAGAAGAAGAAGGGCUGCUGACAUUGUCUAUUUCCAUUGAUGAGGAAGGCAGCAGUGUCAGUACAUACUUUGAAGAAGUCCGCCAACUGUAUUACAAGGAUGAGUUCAGCCACUUGGUUCAGCAGUGGAACAUUCAGAGGAGUGAAGCCCUGAAACGUGCCCUCACCAAGAUCCUGUACCCACAGAUGGAGAAGGAGCUGAGGACCAAGCUUCUGGCCGAGUCCAAGGAUGGUAUUGUCAAGGCCUGUAGUCGUAAGCUGUACAACUGGCUGAAGGUGGCUCCCUACCAGGUGGACCAGCAGCUGGAGGACGACUACGAUUAUGAUGACAACCAUGGGGUCAAGGUUCUGGGAGUGGCAUUCAGCACUGACAGAGACAGUACAGCAUUUGGUGCACUGAUUGAUGGAGAUGGUGAGGUGACCGACUUCAUCAGACUGGAGCACAUACUGAAACGUCGCAAUGCCUGGAGGCAGAUGGACAGAGAUGCCAAGGAGAGUGAAAUGGAAAAGCUGAAAGACUUCAUUUCUACCAAGAAACCCCAUGUUGUAGCUGUCACUGCAGAGGCCAGGGAUGCUUUGCGAGUGAUUGAGGACAUCAAGCAGUUGAUUGGUGACCUGGAACAAGAGGAGCAGAUGGCCCCUAUCAGUGUGGAGCUCAUGGACAACGAGUUAGCCAUGGUGUAUGAGGCCAGCAACAAGUCACAGGCUGAGUUCCGCGAGUACCCCCCUGUACUCAGGCAUGCAGUGUCAGUAGCACGCCGACUGCAGGAUCCCCUUGUGGAGUUCGCACAGCUCUGUAAUGCAGACGAGGACAUCCUCUGUUUGAAGUAUCACCCACUUCAGGAUUCUGUAUCAAAGGAAGAUCUUCUGAAUUCAAUGUACCUGGAAUUUGUCAACCGAGUGAAUGAAGUGGGUGUGGAUGUGAAUGAGGCAAUCACUCACUCGCACACGUCAUCUUUAGUACAGUUCAUCUGUGGACUUGGUCCAAGGAAGGGCAGUAAUCUCCUGAAGGUCCUGAAGCAGAACAACCAGAGGCUGGAGAACCGCACACAGCUUGUGUCUCUGUGCAACAUGGGACCAAAGGUCUUUAUCAACUGUGCUGGCUUCAUUAAGAUCGAUACCAACAGCCUUGGAGACAGUACUGACAACUAUGUGGAUGUCCUGGAUGCAUCUCGAGUUCAUCCGGAGGCGUACGAGUGGGCCCGGAAGAUGGCAGUGGAUGCUCUGGAGUAUGACGACACUGCAGAGGAUGCCAACCCAGCUGGUGCCCUAGAGGAGAUCCUUGAGAGCCCUGAGAGGCUAAAGGACCUGGAUCUGGAUGCUUUUGCUGAGGAGCUGGAGAGACAGGGUUAUGGUGACAAACACAUUACACUGUAUGACAUCCGGGCGGAACUGAACCAGAGCUACAAGGACCUGCGAACUCCAUACAGAUCACCCACAAAUGAAGAAAGAUUCAACAUGAUCACAAAAGAAACACCAGAAACCUUCUAUGUCGGUAAACUGGUGAUGUGCACAGUGACGGGGAUUGCCCACAAGCGUCCACAAGGUGACCAGCUGGACCAGGCUAACCCAGUCCGGAAUGAUGAGUCCGGACUCUGGCAGUGUCCAUUCUGUCAGAAGGAUGACUUCCCAGAACUGAGCGAGGUGUGGAGUCACUUUGAUGCGGGGAACUGUCCUGGGGCAGCAGUUGGAGUGAAAACUCGCAUGGAUAACUCCGUCACAGGCUUCAUCCCGACCAAGAUGAUCAGUGACAAGCAAGUGAAGAACCCAGAGGAGAGAGUACAGGUUGGGAUGACAAUACAUGCUCGCAUCAUUAAGAUAGAUAUCGACAGAUUCCAGGUGGAUAUGACCUGCAAAUCAUCAGAUCUUCAUGACAAGGAAGGCACUUGGAAACCUCAGCGUGAUGUUUACUAUGACUGCGAUGUGGAGAAGAGGGACAUCGAGAAGGAGCAGGAGAAGAAGAAACAGCAGGCCAGACAGACCUACAUAAAGCGUGUGAUAGUUCACCCAUCUUUCCACAAUAUCGGGUACAAGGAGUGUGAGAAACUGAUGACUAACAUGGACCAAGGGGACGUCAUUAUCAGGCCCAGCAGCAAGGGAGCCAACCACUUGACGUGCACAUGGAAGGUUGCUGAUGACAUCAUGCAACACAUAGACAUUCGUGAGGAGGGCAAGGAGAACGACUUCAGUUUGGGGCGCUCUCUUUGGAUAGCACAGGAGGAAUUUGAGGACCUGGAUGAAAUCAUUGCCAGACAUAUUCAGCCCAUGGCAGCAUAUGUGCGGGAUAUUGUGGGCUUCAAGUACUACCGUGAUGCUGAAGGUGGCAAGAGAGAGAUCCUUGACAAGUUGCUGAUUGAAGAGAAGAAAAAGGCUCCAUCCAGAAUCCCGUACUUCUUCAGCGUGUCCAAGCAGUACCCUGGUAAGUUCCUGCUGUCCUACCUUCCCAGGACCAAACCCCGCCAUGAGUACUUCUCAGUGACAGCAGAGGGCCUCAAGUACCGCACACAAAUCUUCCAUUCCAUCAACUCAUUAAUCCGCUGGUUCAAGGAACACUUCCGAGACCCUAUUCCAGGCACCCCUGCCAGUUCCCGCACCCCAAUGGUAUCUUCAGCGUACCCCACCCCCAGCAUCAACCUUCAGAAUGUGGAUCCCGCCACUAUCCAGCGUGCAGCAGCCGUCCUCCCCAACAACAUCUACAACACGCUGGCACAGGUAGCCAAUGCUACACCGCAACAGUUUGGGUCAAACCGCAACUUUGCAGGUGCAUAUAGUGGUGGCUUUGGAUACCAGCAACCCACACCCCUGGGUAUGACUCCACUUGUGACCCCCUCCUACCAUGGUCAGAUAGCCACUACCCCAGGAGGGCAGCCCAUCACCACACCUUCCUACAACCCUACACCACGCUCUGCCUGGCCACCCACUACACCAAGGACUCCUGCCCGUACACCCCAACAUAGGACCACACCCGCCAGCCCGCGACACAGCAUGACCCCGACCCUGCACCUACCCUCCACCCCUGCUGCCACUGAUUGGGCCAAGGCAGCUGAGAUGUGGGCCAAGAGGAAGCAGGAGACCCGCAAGCCGACCACACCUCGCUCUCAUAGUUCUCCUCGUGUGCGGCCAUCACCUAGUCCCAUGCUGGACAGCAGUCCAGAUGGCGGAGACGCCACACCCCUCAUCGAUGAGCGCUGAAGCCCAAGAGAGUGACAAGAGCAAUGCUUAUGUUGUGCUAGCUUGAGAUGACAUCUCUCAGCUGGAUAGCACUAAUGACCAGAUCUUCAGCAAGUUAACAUCCAGGUGAUGUCUUGACAACUUGUGUAUGUUGAAGCUGGCAGGUAGAGUGUGCCCCUGGUCCUGUACAUACAGUGGGCAGCUCCGAUUGUAUUUGCUGACAGUACUGCUGGAUACCACCAUACAUCACAACUGUUUGGCUGCCAGGCAGCAAGGAGGGGCUUCAUCUGUUUGCUAUGAGUAAUGUGAAUGUAUUGUGUAGAUUGAUUGGAUCUGUACAUACUCACAAUGCAGGUUAACCAUGUCAGUUACUUUGCCAUGUAUUGUGUCAAAGGAUGUCCUUAUUUGUAUUUAUUGCUUGGAUACUUGUUCAUAAAGUAGUAAUGAUGUUGCAGGUAUUUCACAGAGCAGGAAUCAUGAAUCAGUUUCAUACAGUUUGGCAAGGAUGUUUGCCUCACUUUGUAAUUACACACAGCUUAAUUGUGAAUCAUGUAUUCUCAACAUUUUCAAACAGUUUGUAAUACAAGGUUACAUAACACUGAGGAAUUGCUGACAUGUACACAAAAUGAACUUGCCUGCCGCCAGAAAGGGCAUACAGAUUAUUUGUAGAGGGACUGGAGCUACUUUCUGUUUGAGAGAAUACCUUUUUGAAAUGGACAUUUCCUGUGACCUAUAACAAUAUGAUUUGAUCCACCUGUCUGUAUUCCUCAUUCUCCAUUUGUCAGGACAGUUACAUUGUAUAAAGCAUAUCUUGAUAUUAAAAUAAUUCUUCACAA